AUGAUUAACGACGAUGGUAAAUUGGUAGAUCUCUACAUUCCUCGCAAAUGUUCUGCCACAAACAGAAUAAUUUCUGCCAAGGACCACGGAGCGGUUCAGAUCAGCAUCGGUAUGGUUGAUGAGAGGGGUGUCUAUAACAAUACAAGUUUUUCGCUCGCACUAAGCCCAGAAGUGCGACAGCGUGGUGAUGCCGAUGAAAUGGUCAACAGGUUGCUUAAAGAGGAAGGAAUAAUGACAAAGAGUACUUAA